CGCCACCUAUAGCCCGGGAGGGCGAGUGUUAUGGCUGCUUCUCGCCCACUGCCGUUCACCCACGAUCUGCCCACGCUGCAUGUCAAGUUACAGGGCUUGCUGCAGUUCCUAAGGGACGCCCUGUCCAUUUCCAACGCACAUACGGUGGACUUCUACACGGAGGCUGUGUGGGAGGAGCUGGUCGACUUGCCCCCGGAGACGGUGCUGGCGGCGUUGCGGAAGUCGGCGGCGGAGGCCGACCGCCAGCUUUCGGCGCCGCGCCCUCUGGUGGAAGCAGAGAGGGGAUCAGGUGUUACUGAAUUUCCUAAAAUAUUUUGUGAAACUUCACAGAAGCUAUUGAGUGCAGAAGCCUUUGCUCAGGCUGCAAAAUACUAUUCUGUACAAAACUUGGGAAUAUGUACUCCUUUAGAAGAGUUGUUUUUAGCCCUCCGAGGAAAUAAAAAAUGGAGAACUGGUGAAAAUAUGAAGCUAAUUGAGUUUAUGAAUAUGAAAAAAUCUCAUGAAGUUCAGGAAAUGUCAGAACUUAUCUGCAGUAUUGCUGAUUACUAUGGAAUAAAACAGGUAAUCGACUUGGGUUCUGGUAAAGGCUACCUAAGCUCCUUUUUGUCUUUGAUGUAUGGCUUAAAAGUUUAUGGACUUGAUUCCUCAAAUACCAAUACUCGUGGAGCUAAGGAGAGAAACAGGAAGUUGAAGAAACAUUGGAAGCAUUACCAUACUCAAUCAAGAGCAGAUGUCAACGGACUGGCCUUCAAAAUGGCAAAAGAUAGGAAAGUGCAAAAUGGUGUUUUAUAUGAAGCAGAUACUGAGAAAGUGUGUAACAAUAGUCCUGCAAAUCAAGACGAGAUACCUGCUUCAGAUUUUUCGCCAGAUUUUUCAGGCUCUGUGAUUUCUAACAUUCGAAAACAAGUGGAAAACCUACAGACUGAACCGCAAGGAGAAGAAAAUCUGUGUUUUGAAAAUGCCUUUUCUCUCGUAGACUUUUUGCCCAUCAAUGCCAUAGAGCAUACUUCUUCACAGAUAGCCUACAGAGAAACAUGUGAGACAAAUAAAGGAAGAAGAAAAAUGAAAUCAAAAUCAAGUGACUGCAGUGUUUAUUCACCGUUAACCUCUCUCAUCACUGCUGAUUCAGAAUUGCAUGACAUCAUUCACGAUCUGGAGGAUUGCUUGAUGGUGGGUCUACAUACUUGUGGUGAUCUUGCUGCAAAUACUCUGCGAAUAUUUACUUCCAAGUCUGAAGUCAAGGGAGUUUGCAGUGUGGGUUGUUGCUACCACCUCUUAUCUGAAGAAUUUGAAGACCAGCAUAAAGAAUGUACUCAAGAAAAGUGGGGAUUUCCAAUGUGCCAAUAUUUAAAGGAAGAGAGAUGGUGCUGUGGACGUAACGCCAGAAUGUCAGCAUGUUUGGCAUUGGAGCGGGUUGCAGUUGGCCAAGGGCUGCCUACUGAAUCACUCUUCUAUCGUGCUGUUCUUCAGGAUAUUAUUAAAGAUUGUUAUGGCAUCACCAAAUGCGAUCAGCAUGUUGGAAAAAUAUAUUCCAAAUGUUCUUCCUUCCUGGAUUAUGUCAGAAAGUCUCUAAAGAAGCUUGGAUUAGAUGAGUGCAAGGUCAGUAUGUGAUUACCUAGUAUUUUCACUAAAGAUAGAAGUUCUAUGGAAUAAUGAAUUGAAAUAAUACAAAAUAAUCUGCCUUCUAUUUUUUCCCACUUGUAAAAAUGUCUAAAUUAUAUUGAAGCCAAACCUACAUUAUCUUUAUUCCAGUUCAUCUUUCCUGUCAAUGUAGUUUGUUAUUGUGUACCUCCAGAAAGAUUCCACUGUUAGAUUUGUUGAGUUUUAAAUUUGCCAUUUCACAAAUCAAAAUAAGGUUUAAAAGCAAGACAGUAGGAUUCCAAGAUGGCGGCUAGAGGGAGGAAGCAGAAAGCGAGCCUCCUAUAGUGAAAUCUUGCAGAGACU